AUGGCGAUGCCUGUGCAGGGUGGUUCCGAAGGUUUACACGAGUGGAGGCUGGAGGAAGCGAGGCAUUUAAUCGAAAAAGCGGGGAAGGGCUCUUUAGAAAGUCUAGUUAUGGUGGAUGCUCUCCAACGCCUUGGCAUUGCCUACCACUUUGAAGAGGAGACACAGAUCCUUCUGCAGGAACAACUUCAUAUUUCCACUUUUGAUGGUCACCCGAGCAGGAGCAGCAACAAUAUCUUUCAGAGCUUCAUGAUUAAAGAAGAUAAUUAUAGUGGAUAUGUGUUCGAUCUGAAGUUGUGCAAGGACAUUUUUGGGCUAACGAGCUUGUAUGAAGCUUCGCAUUUGGGAGUACAAGCGGAAGAUAUACUCGACGAGGCUGCCGACUUCACAAGGAGAGCCCUAUCCCUGUCAGCAGAUAAAUUUCUAUACGUUGGUAACGGCAUGAGUUCUCAAGUAUUAGGCGAGCUUGUGAGGAAAACAUUGUCAAAUCCCUUCCACAAGAGCAUGCCAAGAUUCAAUUCCAUGAGCUUCCAGUAUUAUUUCACAGGGCCCUAUGAGUGGACCAGAACAAUCGGGGAGCUGGCCAUUUUGGACUCGAACUUGGUUCAGUCCAUUAAUCAGACCGAAAUCCGACAAAUCUCCAAGUGGUGGACAGAUCUAGGGUUAGCAAAAGAGUUGAAGUUCGCAGGAGACCAGCCAAUGAAAUGGUAUAUGUGGCCAAUGGCAAUACUAUCGGACCCGAGCUUGUCACAAGAGAGAGUGGAUCUCACAAAGGCCAUCGCCAUGAUCUACAUCAUCGAUGACGUCUUCGAUGUGUAUGGGUCUCCUAAUGAACUUAUUCUUUUCGCACAAACCAUCAACAGAAAAUUUGAACCAUAA